GCCUGAAACGAAAGUGAAACAGUGGAUGCAGUGAAAGAAUAGGACGACGCGUUUCAUACCCAAACAGUAUUCGCAUGAGGGGUGAAACGAUGGAUGAAUAUCCUUAUCCCAUCACUAUAGACGUCAGUUGGACAAACUCUGUCUCUAAAGGGAUACAGAACAAGCUUCAGAUUUAUUUUCAAAGUAAAAAGAAGUCGAGUGGAGGGGACUGCUUGGUGCACUACGAGGGUCAACGCUCCACUAGCGCAACUGUUUAUUUCAAAUCUGAGGAUGUCAGGGAAAGGGUUCUAUCGAGAGAUAACCACGAAAUUACUGUAGACAAUGAAACUGUGAAGUUGCGCUUGUCAUCAUCAUUGGGGGAAAAUCUGAAAGAGGAUUGCACUCUGUCGCUUGGUGCUACAAGCAAUGAAUUGUCAGAUGUGUCAAGUGAAGCACAGGAAGAUCCCAACUCCGAGAGUGGGCCUGGAGAGGGAGGUGGAGCUGAGGUGUCUCCUCGUAGCUCUGCUGUGGUGCUGGAGAGGGUUCCUGAGAACAUGUCGAGAGACUUGCUGUUGUUGCUGGUGGAGACCAUCUCUGGCCUGGAGGAAGACAACUUCUCACUGGAGGUCAUCAGUGAGACAAACAGAGCUGUUGUGACCUUCAAUAAUCCCAAAGAUGUGGAGCGUUUUCUCACUGAGAGCAAGAGGAACAAUAGUUUCCAGAAGCAGGGUUUGAUUGGGCGGUUGCUAGAGAGGUGCCAGAGUGUGAGAGUGGAGAACCUGGCCUCCAACAUACUUCAGGAUAUGCUGGAGCUCUACAUUGAGAAGUGGGCUGGCCCAGCAAAGGACAUCACUGUGUUUCGUGAGGAACAGGCAGCCAUUGUCACCUUCCACGCACCAGAAGUUUUGCACACCACUCUAAAUAAACGUCUUGUAAUUGGCAAAGUCCCAGUCAACGUGUAUCCAUACUACGAGUCCUUAGGAACUGCCUUGUAUGGAAAGGAGAGGCCAAUGUGGAAGAUGCCUGACCCCUUCAUAGAGUGUGUGCAUUCUGCCGUAUGGAAAUUCCUUUCCACGAAGAGACAGUUUUCCCGCAUCACUGACCAGAUGAAGUCCCACUUCUGUCACGUAGACAUGGAUAGUCCUGAGGUAAAACUCAGUCCUUUGCCAACCCUGCUAAGGCAGAAAGGACUAACAAGCAAACAUGUAGAUGGAUGGAAACAGAAUGCCUUGAUCGUCUUCCGUAACAUCAUGGCCAAAUAUGCUGUGUUUGAGUGUUUUGUAAGUGCCCCAGCGUGGAAGGCAGUGGAGAAAGAAGUCCGCUCGGUGGUGAAAGAGGAUGCUGUCCUAGCUAUGGAUGCCUCCAAAGGGUCUCUGACAGUUGCAUGUCUGGCCGAAGACACAAAGCGACUCCAGGGGCUGGUGGAAGACCUCACGCAGAGGGCCAUGAGUCGGAUAGAGAGGCAGAGGGAUGGCAUCUCGGAGGAGAUGGACAUGUCCCCUGCCAUGUUCUAUAUCCUGCAGCAGGAAGGACUUCUGAAGUGCGCAGCAGACGAAGCCCCAGAGAUGGGUUUUUCUUACAGAGACGACACCAAGAAGUUGGUUCUCUCAGGUCUUGUUGCAGAGGUGUACAAGAUGAAGUACUGGAUUCUGGAGAGGGAGCUCAAUAUGAAUAAGAAGCAGCUGAAGCUGGAACCCCAACUCCUGGACUUCCUGCGGUCAAUGGACAGUAUGGAGAUGUCCCAGGACCUGUUCACAUCCCGGGGCAUCAACGCUGUGUACAGAGUGGAGGGUGGAAAGGUACUUCUGACUGGUAGCUCAGACAGAGCAUUGGCUGAUGCAGAGCAGAGGGUGAAGACUGCCCUGUCCCUGCAGAGCCUUAUGGUGGAGGAUCAGGAGGUGCUGAGGAAGCCUGAGUGGAAAUAUCUGAACAACCAGCUGGUGAAUGCCUACAACUCCCUAAAGAAAAGAACAGUGGUGAUUAAGCUUCACCCAGAGAGGAGAGAUAGAAUCAUUGUGUCUGGCUUCCUGGACCCGGUCAGAGAGGUCAGCAAUAGACUGCGGGACUUUGUUGAAAACUACUCACGAGUCGAAGAGGCUGUCCUUCUCAAGUCCUGUGCCGUGGUUAAAUUCAUCCAGGAGAACAAAUCCCAGGACUGGGAACAUUUUGCCAAGCGUGAUGAGGUGAACGUCCACUUUGACCCCAGAAGGCCCAAAAUUGUCCUUUCUGGAGCGCGUCUCUACGUCAAGAAGGUCAAAGAGACCUUUCAGAAGAUUGUAGCACCUUUCUGCACUGAUAAGCUCACUAUCAUGAAGCCUGGAGCAAGAAAGUACUUUCAAGAGGAGGGAAGAAUGUUUGUUUCCAUGGCGAUGAAGGAGCAUGGCUGUGUGGUGCUGCUGCAGGAAGACUACAUGCUGGAGGAAGAAGAGGGCGAUGAUGAAGAUGGGGAGAAAGGAUUUGGCCCAUCAUCCUGCUGUGAGGUGAGGACACACAAUGGAAUCCUGGUCUCUGUCAGUAAGGCAGACAUCUGCAAGUUCAAAGUGGACGCAGUAGUCAAUGCAGCCAAUGAAGACCUGCAGCAUAUUGGAGGCCUGGCUUUAGCACUACUCAAGGCUGCUGGUCCACGGCUGCAGGAGCUCAGUGAUCAACAUGUCCGUAAUAACCGCCGACUGCAGCCAGGAGACGCCAUUGUGACAGAUGCAGGCAAUCUACCCUGUAAGUAUGUGGUCCAUGCGGUUGGUCCACGGUUCACACACUUUGACCAGGGAACAGCCAUACAGCGUCUGAAACAAGCUGUGAAUGAGAGCCUGAGGGAGGCUGCGAAGGUUAACUGCUCAACUGUUGCCGUCCCGGCCGUCAGCUCUGGGAUAUUCGGCUUUCCUCUGGACCUGUGCACUGAGACCAUUGCUGUGGCAGUGCGUGACUACUGUGAGAACCUAAGAGGUCAGACCUCUCUGACUGAGAUUCACCUGGUGGACAGCAAUGACAACACUGUGAGAGCCCUGGCCAGCGCUGUCCAGAAAACGUUCAAUGACCUGUACCCAAAAAUGACCAUGCCUCUGCAGGGUGCACAUAGGGGAAAUGGACAUCGGGGACGCGGGCAACAGGGAAGUGAACGACGGGGAAGAGGACAACAUAGUUACGGACAUCAAGGACCUGGAUAUCAGGGACAGUCACCAUGGGGACAUGGGCAGUGGGAACAAAGCAGAAGAGGGGGAGGAGAAGGUAGAGGUAGAGGGGGAGGAGAAGGUAGAGGUAGAGGGGGAGCAGGUGGUAGUGGAGGAGGAGAAGGUAGAGGAGGAGGAGGUAGAGGUAGAGGGGGAGGAGAAGGUAGAGGGGGAGGAGAAGGUAGAGGAGGAGGUGGAGGUAGAGGAGGAGGUGGAGGUAGAGGAGGAGGUGGAGGUAGAGGAGGAGGUGGAGGUAGAGGAGGACAUGGAUAUAGGGGAGGAGGAGUUAGAGACAGCAUAACUCAAAGAAAUUAUCAUGAAACCCAAGAGGAGCAGAGGAGAGAGUAUGGCCAAGAGAGGAAGUUUGAGGGGGCAGGCAGUGGGGAAAUCCUACAGACCAAUCGCACACAAGAGGGUCUGAAGAUCAUUCUGAGGAAGGGAAAUAUCCAGGAGGAAUAUUCUGAGGGCAUCGUCAACACCAUCUCUGAGGAUUUGGACCUGAGUAAAGGUGCUGUGUCCAAUGCUAUCCUAAAGGCAGCCGGUCCUGGGCUCCAAUCAGCAGCCACAGAUGAGGCUCGCGUCAACAGAUUGGCCUAUGGUGACAUUGUGGUCACCGACGGUUACAACCUGCGAUGUCAGAGGGUGAUCCAUACUGUCUGCCCCCAUUGGGACCAGGGAGCUGGCUCAGCAGAGAAGAUAUUGAGAACGAUAAUCAGAGAUUGCCUGAGUGAGGCAGAGAAGCAUAGGCUGGCAUCCCUGUCUUUCCCUGCCAUUGGAACAGGGAACAUGGGAUUCCCUAAGGGCCUGGUGUCCAAGCUUCUUCUGCAGGAGGUCAAAGACUUCAGCCAGAGAAGAAACUCCACACACCUUAAAGAAGUGGCCAUCGUGGUCCACCCCAGCGACACCCAAACUGUGGAUUGCUUUGUCAGGGAAUUCAGAGGUCAGACACAAGGGUAUACUUGGCAGAGUUCACAAGGUUCCGGCCAAUCACAACAUUCCAAAUCUCAUGUUGGCCAAUCACAGCAGCCCUCUGGCGCAGGUUUCUUUGGACAGGUGUCAUCCCCUUCUCUGGGUGUGUACAGCAUGCAGAUUGGUCACAUUACUUUUGAAGUGUCAUCAGGAGACAUCACCAAGGAGUCCAGUGACGUCAUUGUGAACUCCUCCAAUAAGGACUUUAACCUCAAAUCAGGUGUAUCCAAAUCCAUUUUAGAAGGAGCUGGAUUGAAGGUGGAGUUGGAGUGCUCAGAGAUUGUCAGAUCCCCAAGCUUCCAACCAUGCAGGAUGAUCAUGACAUCAGCAGGAUCUCUCCCAUGCAAACACAUCAUGCACAUUGUGGGACAGAAUGACCCUGAGAUCAUUAAAGAGACUGUGUACGAUGUUCUCAAGAAGUGUGAAGAGCAAAAGUUCACCUCAGUGUCCUUCCCAGCGCUUGGAACAGGCCAGGGUGGGGCGAGUCCCUCUGCUGUUGCGGACGCCAUGAUUGACGCAGUGGUGGGCUUUGUGAAGAAGAAAAUGGGACCUUUUGUGAGAAGUGUGAACAUCCUGAUAUUCCAGACUGCCAUGGUGACUGAGUUCCACAAGAGCAUGAAGAGGAGAGUGGGAGAGGGAGUGGAGGAAAAGGACAUUUUUACCAGGUUUAAAGAUUCGCGCUCUGCCCGUGAGAACUUUGUCAUGGAGGGAGAGGAGUUUGCCCCGACCGUGUUCCAGCUGUGUGCAGAGAGCCCCCAGGCUGUGAGCCGUGCCCGGGACUGGGUUAAAAACCUCAUAAUGAAGGAGCAAACUGAGAAAACCAUCAAGAACCCGUACAUCAGCCAGCUGAGCCAGGGGGAUGUGGAGAAGUUGCAGGCCAUGCAGAGGGAGCUGACAGUCAGGAUACGCCUGGAGAAGAAGGGCCCCAACUCCUUGAUCCGCCUGGAGGGCCUGAGCCGCGAUGUGCUUACAGCAGACGGCCUCAUCAGGGACAUGGUCCUGGACCAGGAGAGGGCAGAGAACAGCAGACAGGCAGCUUUCCUGGUGAGCAGCCUGGUGGAGUGGCAGUACAAAGACCACAGUGGAACAAUGGUGUCUUUUGACAUGUUCACCAACUACAUCCUGGAGGAGGCUGUGAGAGACAACAGCAAAGUGACAAUCAAGAUCAACAAUGAGGAUUAUAAGGCAAAUGUAGCCCACAAGAGAGCUGUCAAGAUUAGGGGCAUAAGAGAAAUUGAGUUACUGAGAAAAGACCUGAAAGACGAUACAUCAGUGUCUCUACCUGCACACUGGGAUGACAUGAAGGGUUCCCUCUUAAUGCUGGUCCCACUAACUACAGGAUCCAAGGGAUACAAUGACGUAGAGAAGGAAUUUCGGAAGACUUUACUCACUGACACCAUCAUUACAAUUGAACGAGUCCAGAACGAUUCACUGUGGAAGAGCUACCAGAUAAGAAAGAAGCUCCUGGAGGAGAAGAACAAGCACACAAACAACGAGAAACUGCUGUUCCAUGGCACCAGUUCUGACUCCAUCACCAAGAUCAACAACCAUGGCUUCAAUCGCAGCUACGCUGGAACACAUGGUGCGGCUAUUGGCAAUGGAUCAUACUUUGCUGUGGACUCCAGUUAUUCAGCAAAAGUGUACUCUAAAGCUGAUGCACAGGGGAUCAAGCACAUGUACCUGGCCAGGGUUCUUGUUGGAGACUACACUCAGGGACAAGAAGGCUUGAUCGUUCCUCCUGCCAAAGCUUCAGGGCAGGAUGCCGACUUGUACGACAGCGUCACAGACAACACCUCCAAUCCAACCAUGUUUGUGAUCUUCAGUGAUGUGCAGGCUUAUCCAGAGUUCCUCAUCACAUUCCAGUAAAUCAGAUUUAACUGUACCUUCAUUAGUAUAUCAAUACUUCACAACAAAUUCCAUAUGUCUGUGUAAAGGGUUUUAAAGGUAUGUGGGUUAGUUGUAAUAGCCAUGGCUGAGGUUAGACAUCCUUAGAGUAACCAGUGGUGUAAAGUACAGUUGCAAAGUUGUAUGGUAUAUGUCAUUUGAUGCUGUGCAGAUUCUGCAAAGAGAGAAGAAGCUACUGGAGAAGGGGUUGAGAGAGCUUAUAGACUACCGUAGUGGAAAUAGGGUCUUCAUUGAUGAGCAGGAGCAGAAGUUUUCAGAGUAUCUCUUGAGGCCAGCUGAUUUAUGCCCACUGUUAUCGAGGCCACCUCUCCGGAUGCCUCCCAGCCCAGCUAUCCAGCUGCCUCCCAUGUCACCUCUCCAGCUGUCUCCCAUUUCACCUCUCCAACUGCCAUCCAGGUCACCUCUCCAGCUGUCUCCCAUUUCACCUCUCCAACUGCCAUCCAGGCCACCUCUCCAGCUGUCUCCCAUUUCACCUCUCCAACUGCCAUCUAGGCCACCUCUCCGGCUGCCUCCCAGGCCACCUUUCCAGCUGCGUCCCAUGUCAACUCCAACUGCCUUCCAGGCCACCUCUCCAGCUGACUUUCAGGCCACCUCUCCAGCUGCCUCCCAUGCCACCUCUCCAGCUGCCUUUCAGGCCAUCUCUCCAGCUGCCUUUCAGGCCACCUCUCCAACUGCCUUCCAGGCCACCUCUCCAGCUGCCCUCCAGGCCAUCUCUCCAGCUGCCUUCCAAGCCACCUCUCCAGCUGCCUUCCAGGCCACCUCUCCAGCAACCUUCCAGGCCAUCUCUCCAACUGCCUUCCAUGCCACCUCUCCAACUGCCUUUCAGGCCACCUCUCCAACUGCCUUUCAGGCCAUCUCUCCAACUGCCUUUCAGGCCAUCUCUCCAACUGCCUUCCAGGCCAUCUCUCCAGCUGCCUUCCAGGCCAUCUCUCCAACAUUCAGUCACACACCAAAUAAACAUGGCAAUGUUGCUCUAAUGGUCUCAAUAAAGACAUUCAAUAAUUAGUUGCAUGUCAUGAUUCAUGUACUUUUUCAAUCUGUUACAAUUCACCCCUAGCACUGUUACAACUAACCCAGACCACUCCUUGCAUUUAUGACCACACCAUGCAUUUGCAGUUUGAUUUACAUAAUAACCACACCAAUUUGUAAAGGACAAAUGUAGGUUGUUUGUAUCAAGUUUUGAACACUACCAUUAACAAUCUCUGAGAAACUGACGGAAAGGUGAGAAGUGUUACAGCCAUCACUGGUCUCCCCAACUAUUUACUCCGUACAUUUUCCCUGACACCCAAAAGUACUCGUUACAUUUUCCAAUUCACACACUUACUGUAUCAAGAGAACAUUCCCGGUCAUGCCUACUGCCUCUGAUCUGGUGGACUCACUAAACACAUAUGCUUAAUUUGUCAAUUAUGUCUUAAGUGUUGGCGUGCCCCUGGCUAUCCGUAAAUAAAAUAAAUAAAAAGCU